CCCAAUCCCUAACCCACCGCACCAGACCAACAAACAGCACACCACACUCUCUACUCAUUCUCCACAUACAACCCCCCCCCCAAUCCACCAAAAAUGCCUCCAUCGCCAGCCUUCGCAGGAGACACCCACCCAGCUUCACCCUCCCCCUCCCCCUCCCCAACCUGGCGUCCCUACCGACCACCACCAGCAUCAGCAUCAGCAGCAGCACCACCACCACCAUCGCCCCCAACCAACGACUCCACCAUCGACAACGUCCUCCUCCCAACAGGCCAAAAAUCCCUCUCAGGGAUCUCCCUCCGAGCCUUCCUCCUCGGCACGGUCCUGGGGCUAUCCACCUCCCUAACGGUGCUCCUCCUGCUCAGUCCCCCGCUCUACACGCCCCUGUGGCGCAUCCCGUUCUUCCUCGCCAGCCUCUCCCUCUUUCAUUUCCUCGAAUACUACAUCACGGCUGCGCACAACACCCGCUUCGCCAAUAUCUCCGCCUUCCUGCUCUCGUCGAACGGAUGGGCGUAUAAUAUCGCGCAUGGCUCCGCGGUCUUGGAGUGUCUGCUCGCCAAUGUCUUCUUUUCCGGGAGUGACGGGGAUCGGUACCAGGGUGUUGAAACAGCGACACCCAGGGCCAGGGUAACGAUCCAGGUCCUCCUGGGUCUGGUGCUGAUGGUGGUGGGCCAGACGGUGCGGAGUCUGGCGAUGGCGCACGCGGGGAGCAAUUUCAAUCAUACGGUGCAGGUGACGCGCCGGGAUGGACAUCGGUUGGUUACGAGUGGGGUGUAUGCCGUGUUCAGACAUCCGAGCUAUUUUGGGUUCUUUUGGUGGGGGUUGGGCACCCAGUUGGUGUUGGGGAAUGUCGUUUGUCUGGUGGGGUAUGCCGUUGUGCUGUGGAGGUUUUUUUCCAGCCGCAUUUAUCGGGAGGAGAAGUUCCUGGUUGCUUUCUUUGGGGAGGAGUAUGAGGAGUACAAGAAGAGGAGCUGGGUUGGGAUUCCUGGUAUCUAUUAGGUGAGAUUGGAUUUGUGGUGUCUGAGUGGGUUGGGUUGGGCUGGG